AAAGUUUUUGUGUCCUGGUUGGGAUGUGAUUAAUGCUGCAGAGAUUCGACAAACUGAGUUAACUACAGAAUAUAUGGUCCCAAGCCAAAAAAAAGGCAUAGACUUAUUUUACAUAGUCAAUACUGAGUUCUGUACAUGUACUUGUUUUGUAGAACUAUCGGGAGCACCAUGUAAACAUCAGGGAGCAGUGGCCGCAAAAUAUCAUAUUGGAUCUUUAAAUUUUCUUCCAUCACUAACACCUAAUGAUCGUGCCCAUUUUGCAUAUAUUGCACGUG